AUGGCUGAUAGUGAUUAUAUUUGUGUUUACCGGCAGUUUUUUGAAGAUUUUGCCCAAUCUUCAGAAAAAGAAGAUCACAGACCAAUAAGACUUAACAUAUAUAAUCUAUCAUUUGAUGAACUUAAAGGAGAAACAAUGCAAUCAUGUAUAAACUUUUUGACGGAAAGACGAUGUCCUAAAUCCUUAAUAGUACCAUUAACAAAAAUUGUGGUUGAAGAAUUAUUAUGUGAAGCCAAAAAAGAACCAGAAGAAGUAAACACGCCUUUAAAACUCAACAGAAAGACGCACGACAAAAUAUCCGAGGUAUGUCUAAGGUACAUAGACAACGAAACGUUAAGCCGUCUUCCGGGUCCGGUACAAGACACUCUUAUAUCAACUUAUUCAACGAAACAUACCAGACGACGAAUGGAAGAUCGUCAUAUUUGUCUACCUAGAUUUAAUACACUUCACGGAAUUCAAAGUAAUUCAGAGGCAGAGUAUUAUGCCAUUUUCGACGGUCAUGCCGGAGUUAAUGCGGCUUGCUUUGCCGUAUCGCAUUUACACCAGUUUUUAGCAGAAAGUGAAUUUUAUCCAGAUGAUCCGGUUCAAGCCUUUUUUCAGGCUUACGAAAAGACUGAACUUAGAUUUAAUUCAAAGAACGAUGACAGUGGAACUGCCGUUUUAGCAAUACUUUAUCAACCGGUAGAAAAAAAAUUAUACGUCUCUUGGGUGGGAGAUUCGCAAGGUUUGCUAGUGGCAAAAGAUAGUUAUGCGUACCUCGUCGAUCCGCAUAAACCCCAAAGGCCGGAUGAACGUAAAAGAAUUGAAAAUCUCGGAGGCUGUGUUUUAAGAUCUCAAAAUAUGUAUCGGGUUAAUGGAGGAUUAGCUAUAUCUCGUGCAAUCGGUGAUAAAAAACUAAAACCUUAUGUAAGUGCAGAACCGGAAAUUCGGGUGAUUGAUCUCACAGGAUCGGAACAUUUUGUUGUUAUGGGUUGCGAUGGUUUGUGGGACGUUGUGGAACCGCACCAAGUUAUCGAAACGGUGUAUUUCGAGCUGAAAAACAAUAAGGGGGGAGAAUGGGUAAAAACGAUGAUAAAAGAAAUGAAUUUGAUGGAAAAUAUGAGAAUUAGUCACGUGCAGAGGAAAAGGCUUACGCUAUAG